CCAACACAACUAGGAACGUCUUUGUGUCAACAAUUUGCUCACUCGGUAUAUAUAUAACAUUUGUUAAACAUAUAUUAUACACAUAAAAAAAUCGAGGCCCCUCAAAAAUCAGGGGCCCUAUUUCUUGGCACCACUUGCACACCCUCAGGGCCACCCCUGGCCCUACUUUGGGCUCUUCCUAGAUCAUCAUCCAGCAACAAGCUUGAGUGGGAGACAGGAGCAGACUCGAAGUUAUGAAGCCCCAAGGGUAACUCAUACCCCAAGUUAGCAAGGUGAUCAGCUGCUCUGCUUUGUUUUUAUGGGUAUAGUCCAUGACUUAAUAGCCGUGAUUUUCAAGCUUCUUAUGGUCAUACUAGUAAGCCUAGCAGCAGCUGAAGAUCUCAAUUUCACCUACAAUGGUUUCCUGUCUGCUAAUCUUAGCCUAGAUGGCAGAGCCCAGGUCACAUCCAAUGGCCUUCUGAUGGUUACAAAUGACACUAGACUAGGCCAUGCCUUCUACCCCAACCCAGGACUCGGCCAUGCCUUCUACCCCAACCCAGUAACCUUCAAGAACUCAUCCAAUGCUACCGCUUUCUCCUUCUCUACCACUUUUGUGUUCGCUGUCAGAUCCGGAAUGGCACCGCGUUUUGGUGGCCAGGGAAUUGCCUUUGUCAUUGCCCCGACAAGAGGGCUCCCCGGAGGUUUUAAAGACCAGUACCUGGGCGUUUUCAAUGACACCAACAACGGUAACGCCAACAACCAUAUUUUUGCUGUAGAGCUUGACUCCGUACAGAACCCCGAGUUUGGCGACAUCAACAACAACCAUGUUGGGAUUGAUAUCAAUGGUUUGCGCUCAGUGAAGUCAAAUCCAGCGGGAUAUCAUGCUCUAAACAAUGGCGGUUUCCGAAACUUGACCCUCAUCAGUGGUCAACCAAUGCAAGUUUGGGUGGAGUAUGAUGGUAUCCAGAAGCAAAUCAAAGUCACUUUGGGUCCAAUCAAUGUUGAUAAACCCCAUAUUCCACUCUUGUCUUUGAAGUAUGACCUUUCCACGGUCCUUAACACGACCAUGUAUGUUGGCUUCUCCUCUGGCUCAGUCUUCACAUCUCAUUAUGUUCUAGGAUGGAGCUUUGAGAUGAAUGGCCAGGCUCCAGAACUUGUUCUCUCACAACUUCCUAAGCUGCCCCGGAUAGGACGUAAAAAAAUAUCUAAUUUUUUGACCGUUGGUGUGCCUGUGAUGUCUGUGAGUUUGGUUUUGCUAGCAAUUUCAAGUUUAAUUUAUGCCAUAAGAAGGAAGAAGAAGUUUGCAGAGCUGCUUGAAGAUUGGGAGCUUGAGUAUGGGCCUCAAAGGUUUAAAUACAAAGAGUUAUAUAUGGCAACAAAAGGGUUUAUGGAGAAGGAGCUUUUGGGAAGUGGGGGAUUUGGUAAGGUCUAUAAAGGCAUAUUACCUUCCUCCAAAACUGAGAUUGCAGUGAAGAUGGUCUCACAUGAAUCAAGACAGGGGAUGAAGGAGUUUGUUGCAGAAAUUAUUAGCAUUGGCAGACUUCGUCACCGAAAUUUAGUACCACUGUUGGGAUAUUGCAGAAGAAAAGGGGAGCUGCUCUUGGUCUAUGACUACAUGCCUAAUGGAAGCCUGGACAAAUACCUAUACGACCAACCAGUGGUCACUCUCAAUUGGAGGCAGAGGUUCAGAGUGAUCAAAGGUGUGGCUUCAGCGUUGUUCUAUCUUCAUGAAGAAUGGGAACAAGUUGUGGUUCACAGAGAUGUGAAGGCCAGUAACAUAUUACUAGAUUCAGAAUUUAAUGCAAGACUAGGAGAUUUUGGCCUUGCAAGAUUAUAUGACCACGGAAAGGACCCUAAGACUACUCGUAUAGUUGGAACACUUGGGUAUCUAGCUCCGGAGAAUGCAAGAUUAGGCAGGGCCACAACGCAAGCCGAUGUGUUUUCUUUUGGGGCAUUUUUGCUUGAAGUUGCCUGUGGAAGAAGGCCAAUACAGACACAAGGUGUUCUGGUUGAUUUGGUGUUUUCUUGUUGGAAGAGAAGUAAUAUUCUUGAGGUAAUAGAUAUAAACUUGGGUUCAGAAUUCGUAGCUGAGGAGGUGGAAUUGGUGUUGAAGCUUGGGCUGUUGUGCUCUAAUUCAGAGCCUUCUGCUAGGCCAAGCAUGCGUCAAGUAGUGCAUUAUUUAGAGGGUGACAUUCCACUGCCGGAGUUAUCAUCUCUUGGUCUUUCUUCUGGUGGCUUGAAGUUCGCACACCGCCAAGGUUUUGAUGAUUCGGCAAUGUCAUAUCCGUCUUCCAUGGGCAAGGAGACGUCAUAUGUUCCAGAGCCGACACUUCUCUCAGGUGGUCGCUGAGGCCAAUCAAUUAAGAUUCUCACCCAAGCUGCCAUGCACGAGGCAUAGAACAUAUACAUGCAGCUUUGAAUGUUUCCUUUAGUUUAUUAGUCUGUAACUAGUUACAUUAAAUCAAUGCUGCAUAUAAAAUAGGCAUGGAAAUUUUGUUUCCUCUAGUUUAUUAGUUUGUAACUAGUUACUAUUUUUUAUAUCUUUUU